AUGAUCAGUGUUCGUUCCAGUGAAUCGUUUGCUGUUGGUGGUGGUAAUCAGCGUGAACUGGCUCGUGAAAGAAAUUUGAAAAAACAGCAGCAGCAAAAGAAGUCACAAUCCCAUCAGAAUGGCGUAAAAUUGGAUAAUAGGAUGGAACGAGAUGCAGACAUCAUGCGUAAGAAGCAAGAAGCGGCAGCAGCGAAGAAAGCAGCAGAAGAAGCUGCACAUGCUGAAAAAAAUAAAAAACUCCAAAUAUUCGACCCACUUAAAUAA